CGUUCACUAGCAAAUGAGAUAGUUCACAGUGCACAUGAAUAAAACAUAUAGUGAUGACAGGGAUACACUUAUAUGGAGAGUAAUAGAUUCCCCGUACAUUUCCUGUUCAAAUAGCACUGGAUAUCUUGCUUCACCGCGGUAAUGCAUCCCGUGAUGUGGUCGGUGUAUUUUCUUAUCUACAUGUAGGAGCGAAUUACAACGGCAAAAGCUGAAAUUACAUACUUUCCUCACUCAACUUGAAGAGCCCACUAGCUGAUGUUCUCGCCUGAGGAAAGAGCCCAUGUCGUGCAUGCUGUCAGAAUCCGGUUCGCUGAGAACUCGUCCAGGGAAUAGUCUUACGGUCGCUUGAGAUCAGAUAUUUCAAGGUCUGUUCAGUCUGUUACUGCUUCGUGGAUGUUAGAAAUAGAAAGAAUCCGUAUGAAGGGGUGAAUGAUUUCGACGGUAUUAGCUCUAGAGGAACGGUCUGUUUGAGUUUCCUUAAACGUAUUUUUCUUCUGGGACAGAAUAGUAAAAUGCGACUGAUCAUUUAACGCGACCAAACCGAUGAAACUACCAGACAAUAAGUACGAGCGUGAUGAAUUGCUGGAUCAUAUCAAAUGCGCCAUAGCACGAUUUUACAUUUGUUAUUGCAGUUAAUAUCGUGAAAUACAUUUGUAUCAUCUGGUUCACCUCGUGUGGACAGGCGCCGCUCAAACGUUGCCAGAUUUAUCAUUGCACAUGCACCAAGUCAAACAUAGUUCCUAGUCCGAUGCUGAUACCACUUUCUAUUCGUUGUUGGCCGGCACUAGCAACUCGCUAUCGGGACGUUUUGCCAAUAUACCGGGCUAGUGAUGCCAACAUUCACACAGGAACAGUGAAACCGUGAGUGCGGGAUGUACUAACUAUUCAGUUUUCAGUGCAUCAUUAUUGUUUCAGUGGAGGAGUUACUGCGAAGAUGUUUUGUAAAUAGCAAAACCGUAAGCAGGAUUAACAAGACUCAGUCUAAAGUUGUGAAAAAAAGAAUCAGUUGUAACCGCUGUUUGCCUGCGCCGCGUUGGCUACAACCCUCUUUAACAUUUUCUUCGACCUGCAGCCAGGGUUUUUCGCGCGAUGGUUAAAUAACUUCUCGAGGCGAUUUUCCUCAACCAGACGCCCGACGUGCCAGAAAGGUUUACAUGGUGAUCAACCGCUGCUUUUGGACGAAAAGCACCAUCAGUCCAAAGGAUCUAUUUAAUUUACCUUUAGUUGACUUUGGCUGGGAGUUUCUUCGAGAAUAUUGACAUCCUUGGACGGACCAAUUCAUGGAUCACACGAGACACUGGCUGAUGAAAUCAGAAUAUUCAUUUAUUAAUGAUUUGGUGCCCCACACUGCGUAAUUUGAAAUUAAUAGAUAGAUCUUUUGGGGAAUUAGCCGGAUUUUUGUAGAGUUGCACUCAAGGAGUAUUGUUUGUGCGUAAUAGUUGUUCACCCUGUCAUGGUGGUGUGAACACCUUUUGGAAUGGCUAUAUAUUUUGUUUAUUUCAGUUGACGGGAAGACAAUCUUGCUUUCAUUGGUGGAUCUUCCGCAGAAUAUAUAAAAAUGAUUCACAACCACCCUUUACUCUUUCGAAGAUUUAGCAGAAGCGAUGACGUUUUCAGAAAUUCGCAAUAAUGCUUGAUAAAUAGAGAACAAAACCGACUCUCAUUAAAUGUAUAACGAUGAUCAUAAACUUAUUUAACUAACUUAGCGCAAUUAAAAACGAAAACAUACACGAUGAAUCGCAAAUAUCCGUCGCCGAUUUUACCGCGGCAGUACAGACCAGCAGAUAGUGGUUCGACAUAUUCAGGAAUACCCCUGCAAGAGUCUUAUUCCGGUGUGAAUAUUCAUGACGAGGGCUUCGGCAGGUUGACAAUGACCAGGGAUAGUGAGAUGUCGGAGGAGAAGAAGAAGGCGACAGCCUUUGAAACUGCUCAACAAUUCAGUCAGGAAUCGUCUUUUCAUGGAAUCAAAUACGUUGGAGACACGUCCAUUUCCAAGUGUCGGAGAUUAAUUUGGACGUUAUUUCUAAUAGGGAGUAUUUGCUUCUUUCUCUAUGCCGUCAUACCCCGGGUGGAAUACUACCUACGGAACCCGGUUAGGACUAAGAUAAGCAUUCAAUACAAAAAACCGUUAGACUUUCCCUCAGUGACAAUAUGCAAUUUCAACAUGUUCAGGAAAACCUUCGUCGAAGCGGAUCCGGUAUUGCGAAAGAUACUCAACUAUAUCUUCCCGCAAACGGGAUUGCCAGUAGAAAAGAUAGAUUUUAACGACCCUCUCAUCAAUGCUACUUUACACAAAUACACUUCAUACGAAAUACUCAAAGCCGGCGCGCAUACGCUAAAAGGGAUGUUUAAAGACUGUCAUUUUGGCCAUGACGAGAUCGAUUGUUCCGAGUAUUUCACUGAACAUUUUACGGAUUUAGGAAUAUGUUACACCUUCCAUUCGGCCGAGUUUAUUGAAAGGCGCGGUAGAACUCUGAUAUCUGACGCAUCUGGGAGCGACUACGGUCUGCGGAUUAGAGCAAGUAUUCAGCAUGGAGAAUAUUCACAUGGCGUGAGCACAUCCGCCGGCCUAAAGGUUCUUAUUCACGCUCCUGAUGACAUGCCUUUAGUACGAGAAUUCGGGUUUGCCAUUCAGCCGGGCUCGGAGACUUUUGCCGCUGUUAAACAACAUCAGAUGUCGUUCCUUCCCUUCCCUUACGAGAAUGGCCGUUGCAACGACACAAAGAGCGAGAGCUUCCGGAACCCACUUCGCUUCUUCAAAAAUUAUGACUACUCCGCCUGCCGGAUGGAGUGUAAACUAAACAACACAAUAAACAUAUGUAACUGCACAUUUGGGAUUGCAGAGCUUCCGAAGACAUCAUUCAACGGUCGGCCGGCCUUUCCGUUUUGUACACUUGCCCAAUGGAUAAAUUGUGUUAAAAAUGCAGAAAAACGAUACUACAACGAUCAUCACGCCGAAAAAAGGUGCGGGUGUUUCACGCCAUGCAAAGUCGUCGAGUACAAAGUGCAAAUAUCGUCUGCUCUCUUCCCGGGAGAUCACAUCGUGCACGAGAUUAAAGGAAAAUACAACUUGACAGAAGAAUUUAUCAGACACAACUUUCUCGAUCUGAGAGUGUACUUUGAAGAGAUGAAUUAUGACUUCAUUGUGCAAGAACCCGACUACACGUGGCAGCAGCUGAUUGCUGAUAUCGGAGGUCAGCUCGGUUUCUGCGUUGGAGCCAGUGUUCUAAGCGUAUACGAAAUAGUUGAGUUUAUAUCAGUACUUUUCUGUCGACUUGUCCGGAAGCUAGGGCGUCGAAAAAUAGAUGCAAAGAAGGAGAGAGAACGCUUCCGGAAGAAACAGUUACAGCGCAUGCGUGAGACAAAAAUACGAAGCAACAACGGGACGUUAUGACUAGCCGACAGAUUGGAAGGUCCGCCAAUCAGAAUCUCUACUGUGUAGAAUUCAUUGUUUGGUUUGAUAUGAAGGGGUCACGUGAUGAAUUUUUGAUUCAAUAGGUGGUACCACUGCUUGUGCCUACUGUUUGCCGAUACUAGGUGGCGGUACUGAUCACCUCUGCCCUGGGUGAGAGACUACGGUAUGUGUUCAGUAAACGGUGCUUUGCAGAGAUUCCAUCUGUUGGACGGACAGAAAGUUUAUCAUUUAUGGAAUGCGUUCUAGGGUCUCCUUUGUGGCCUCUAAAGUACAUAGGCUGUACAUUUCGCUUCAGUGCGUACAUAAGAUAUUUACAAUACUCCCAAGAUUAACUGGUGCAUGGUCACCGAAAUCACGCAACCAACUAAAAUACAAACCCUUGCCAUGUCUGCCUGGAUAUCUUACAAUCCCCGAUGUUCGCGACAAUCCCCAAUGUUCGCGAAAAACUUGUUGCCCAAAAACUAUAUAACUGAUAAAUAAGGCAAAAGAUUUCCCAAAACGUCAUCGCGGAGAUGGUCAUCAUUUAAACAACAUACUCAUAUGCUUUCUGACCGAUAAGAUUUGAUUCCCCAGGGUGAUGAUGAACUGAUGCGAUCGUGAUUUGAAUCUGACUGUUGUAUAACCAAGGAAACUGUGUACUGGUAUCCCAUGAUUGCUGUAUAUAGGCUACGUGUAGAAUGAUGCCUGCCGUCGGAGUUUGACAUUAUUAACAUUAGAGAAUAGAAGCGUGUAGUAACAGUAUUUCUGUUGUCAAAAAUGCACAAGUGUCAUGCUAAUAACAAUGUGCAUUAUAUAAACUAGCAUACCGACUAUGUACGCUGACCUCAACGGAGUUGUAAAGUAUAUACAGAGAUGUUAUUUUUUUACCACACCUGUAGACAUUGUCAUCUGCUUGCGCAUUUAAUUGAUAUGUAAACAAAUGCAGGGGUUUUCUGCGCUAGAGUAUCAACUAAGGCUAUUAGCUAAGUUAUUAAAGCUUUAGUGUAUAAUAAGACUGAUUGCCGAUCCUCCAGCACCUACUCAGAGUGUAUCCGCCAUCUUGGAUUCCAUGAUGGCUGUCAUCUUGGAUUCCAUGACGGCCGCUAUUCGUGAUUUUUCAAUGGCGUCGAGUCAUUAACACUUUCACGAAUGCUGUGAUCCGUUAUUCCAGUCGAUCCCAGCGGAUACAGAAAGAUAUCACUGAUAUGAUAGAACGAUGGUCCGGCGAGUUUUGUAGAUUUCACUGGUUCAGAGUAUGUAUAAGCAUUCUUGCCCAUCAUUUUCAUAAUUGUAUACAUUGCAUAAUUUUGUAACGUACAUACAGGUACAUUUAUUUAUAUAGCGAGUGUACAUGAAGAUUAUGUACUGAUAAAGUCAAGUGUAAAUUAAAACCAAACGAUAUAUAUAGGCCUAUGGCAUUUGUAGUGAAAUAUUGUAGGACAGUGGUAUCGUAGAUUUAACCUAAACUACUAUAAUUGUAAUGCGAAUAUCGCUAGAAGUAGAAACAUGAGUCUUGAUAUUAUAACAGUAAUUGCUUAAUGCCUACAAAAUGUGUCAAUACAUUGACAUUCAUGGCUUAGUGUUAGAUAAUACGGACGGGAGUGACUCUCCGUUCCGGUUCGACAUUUUCUAUAAGCUGUCAUAAAUGUAACGAUGAGCGUCCGCGGUGCAUGGUGUAACAAAAUAGUACGUACAUUCUGUGUCCGACAUUAAAGAUGUACAGGUGGCACCAUUACAAGUGUCGUCGAAAGAGAAAACUCUGACCAUACCAGUGUGUGUCGUUCGCAUGAUAGUCAGUAUGCACUCUCUACCCAAAGUGGUGAGAUUCCGAGGUUAUCCUUUGGUGGGUGCCUCACUAACAAAAGUCCCGAAAUAUGACGAUACACCAUCGGUGAAAAAAUAGUUCAUAGGCGAUAAAACGUCUUUGAUAUGCAAUCAUGUGAAGACGGUUGCUUGAUAUCAGACUUGUACCCUUUAACGAGGGUGUAACUCGAAACAAUACGCCGUAUUUCGACAGGGGACUGAACUGUGUCGAUGUCGGAGUUCCAUUGGUCUAUGAAAUAAGUGUUCUGCAUCGAGGUUUAGGAAUGAGGUUAAUAAAUUUGAUAAUGAGUUCA